UAGUUACUAAUUUAAAUACUUUAACGGGCAUUAGUGAAACACCCGCCAAGGCGCGAACCCUAAAUAGGCGCGUUCCUCACCGCGUGUUCACUGUUCAGUGUGUUGUGUCAAACCAUGGAGAUUUCGUUAAGCGACAACGCUCUAAAAACCUUUGCGCGAUGCAUCACUUGUCUCGCACGCAUCGGAAACGAGCUCGCUAUUCAAGUCUAUUCCUCCCAGCUUCUUUUCCAUACUAUUAAUUCAUCACGUUCUGCUUAUCAAUGCAUCGCUCUCAAGCCUGGCUUCUUUGAUGCGUAUAACGUUUCCGGCAAUUCCGUGCAAUGCAGUGUGCUUCUGAAGGCUGUUUGUGCUGUUCUCAGGACACCUAUUACGAAUAUUGACCAUUUGACCGUGAGACUGCCUGAUCCAGAUGCUUCCAAACUGCAGUGGAUUUUGGAUUGCUAUAAUGGUAUGAGAAAAACCUAUUGGAUUACUUGCAAUGUAGAACCUGACAUACAACACUUGUCCCUUGAUAGGCAAAAAUUUCCCAGCAACUUUGUUGUGAGCCCUCGAGAUCUGAGCAGGUUACUUGCUAAUUUUCAGUCAUCUCUUCAAGAGAUCACUAUCAUUGCAACAGAACCUUCUUCUCUACCUCUUGAUGCUUCAAAUGAAAUUGGUGGAAAGGCAGUUGAACUUCGAAGUUAUAUGGACCCAACCAAAGACAAUGAUACGUUGCUGCACACCCAACUGUGGAUAGAUCCUAAAGAAGAAUUUUUGCAGUAUGUUCAUACUGGAGAUCCAAUAGAUGUGACUUUUAGUGUAAAAGAACUGAAGGCAUUUCUUUCAUUUUGUGAGGGCUGUGAAGUUGACCUCCAUUUGCAUUUUGAGAAAGCUGGCGAACCUAUUCUUAUGGCACCUAAAUUUGGUUUGGAAGAUGGAUCUCACUCAAAUUUUGAUGCCACCCUUGUACUGGCUACCAUGUUGAUUUCUCAGCUUCAUGAGGGGGCUGCCUCAGAACCUCUUGCGGGGGCCACCAGAACACACCCUCAUACUGAAGAAAGAAAUGCAUCUUACAUGCAGCAAGAGAACUGCAGAGCAAAUGUGUCAUCAGAGCUUCCAUCUGAUCACACCCGUAUUUGGUCUGACCUCUCAGCAAGUGCAUUUAAAAGCAUUAGUCCUUUGGAAGAACGGCGGGCACAAGGAGAAACAAUUUUGAAUGAUGAUCGGCAAAGAGAAAUGCAAAGGAUUAGCACAAUGCAAAUUUCAGGAUUAACUUCAGUUCCAGGAAAUAAUCCCAUUGAUUCCAAUGUACCAACUGAAAAGGAUCAUGGACAAGAACCUCAAGAUGCGAUGCAAGAUAAUGGUCAAGCAAUUUCACAACAUCACCGCAGUAAUUGGGUAGAUGCUGAAGAGGAUGAUGAAGAUGAACAGGAUGAAGAUGACCAGUAUAUUCAGCCAACACCUCCAUACUAUGAAGAACAUUAAUUCAGAGAACUCUACUGUAAUGGUUCCCCUUUACCUCAGUAAUUGCUUGUGGCGAUUCUCUUAGGUUGCUUUGUCUCUUGAAGUUUCUUCUAAUUGAUCCAGUAAUCCAUCAAUUAAUAUGAUUGUGUAAAAUAAGAGAAAAAUAGAGGAAUAAUAGAGUGAAAACUGUGUUAGUGCAUAUAGUGGAUGCCUGUUUAUAUAGGCCUAUAGCAUUGAUUGCACAUAAAUACAGGAUAUUUGGUUUCCUGUAAAUCAGGGGAUUAUAUGCCUACAAACUACAUUUAUUACAA